UCGCACUGCCCUAAAGACAUCCAAGAUGUGCCUAUCGCAGUCGGCAUUUUUCAUAUCACUGGGCAUAAUCCUACUUGCCAAGUUCACUUCCAUCCUCGUCUGGUUAAAGGCUUUGGCAUGAUCGAUGGGGAGUGGUUAGAACGAAUGUGGUCUUACCUCAACGGUUCUGUAUCCAUGACACGCACUAUGACCCCUCUCAACAGGCGGCUCACAUUGUCAAAUCGCGCUAGAAUACUUGGUUGGUUUAAGGUGUCAAUAGACGACCUGACCUAUUUCGUCAAAAAUGGGAUUUCCGGGUUUGCCGAUAAAGUAUGUACAUUGCAUAAAUAACAGUAUCUUUUAGGAAGGCCCGACUGAAGGAGCCCUAGUGCCGUGCUCACUGACUAUGGCUAUUGCUACAGUAUAAUCCUACAGAAGCUAAGAGUAUGAAACUCCAAACGUUUGUCUGGAUAUG